AGCGUAUGUCUCCCUUUACCUAUUUAUUUUUUCCUUGGGCAAAAUAAAUAAAUAUUUGUGACUUUCCUUUGUUUUGAAACACAAAAUCACAUAUUUAUAACCUUUGCUUGUGCUUCCUAACUCUACAAUCUAGAACACUACACCUUUUGCUUUGUCAAAAACCUUGUCUUCACUUUGGAAUAUCACUUUCCAAUUUUUGAACCCCAUAGCAUAUAGCAAAGCAUCUUAAUUAAGUUCAAAGAUGGAGCUAGCUUUGAGCUUAGGAGACACACCAAAACCAUUUUCUUUGUUUGAAAAUCCCAACAAAGGUUUCUCCACAGUACUUGAACAAGCUCAAAAAUCCUUAGAUGAAAAAAGAGGUUCAUCAGAUCCACCAAUUCAGCUCAACCUUCUUCCUUCAACACCGGUUCAUCCUUCUCCUCAUCAAAUUCCUUGGCUCAACCAUGCACUGGGUGUGGAAACUGCGAGCGUGACAAAUGCUAACCGAUUCCGGUUGGCGUCCGUGGAAGAUACUACGGACGAGGGAGCUGCAGUUUCAUCCCCAAAUAGCGCAGCGUCAUCUUUUCGAAUGGAUUUCUCUAUCAUGAAUGGUAAUUGUGAUGCUAGAAACAAUAGCCAUGAGGGGGGUGUCGAUAGCGAUGAUGAUGAAAAUGGAUCCACUAGGAAGAAACUCAGAUUAUCUAAAGAGCAAUCGGCUUUUCUUGAAGAAACUUUCAAAGAACACACCACUCUCAAUCCUAAACAAAAACUUGCUCUUGCAAAACAAUUAAAUCUUCGUCCACGUCAAGUAGAAGUUUGGUUUCAGAAUAGAAGAGCAAGGACAAAAUUAAAGCAAACAGAGGUGGAUUGUGAGUACUUAAAAAAAUGUUGUGAAACUCUAACAGAAGAAAAUAGAAGGUUACAAAAGGAGCUUCAAGAAUUAAGAGCUUUGAAAACUUCUCAACCAUUUUACAUGCAACUUCCAGCUACUACACUCACUAUGUGUCCCUCUUGUGAGAGGGUUGCCACCAACACCACCGGAGCAGCCGCCACCAAAAAUACCGCCUCGAUCAUCGCCGACGGGCGCCACCAAAAUUAAUAAUGAUGGCUCUCUAAAGUCUCUCCCAUGCGUCUCUUGGGAAGCCCAAAAUAUUGUCUUUACUAAUGGACAGGCCCAGUGUAGCAGGCCCAGUAGGCCCAUCUGAUUGUUUUAUGAUAUGAUUGGCCAAAUUUUCGUAUUUUAGGUAUAAUUAAUUAAUGAGAGUUAUUAUAUGAAAGAGGACAAAGACCUUUAUUUUUUAA